GGAUCCACACGUAUGAGUAUGACUCAAGCCAAUGCCAUGUAUGUUCAUCAAGACUUGGGAAUCUCUUUUUUAUCAGAAGACUUGGGAAUCUUUGUGAUCAAACACAAGUCAAAAAAAGCAGUGUGGCUUAUGAUUGUUGAAGGAGGGAUGAGCAGAAAUAUGAGCACAACAGAAGAAUCAGUGCUUGAUUUGCUGCCCAAGUUCAGAUUCCAUCCCUCUGAGGAGGAAAUGGUGAACCUUUUGAAGAAUAAGGUGGAGGGCCAGGACUCCCAAGCCAUGCCUGAUGAAAUCGUUGACAAGCCUUGGGAUUUACCUGAUAAUGAAUCUAUCCAACUUUUUUGUCGCUUCUUGAAGAGGAUGAUGCAGGGCAAGACCUCCCAAUCCAUCCCUGAAAUCGAUGUCUACAAGUACGAGCCUUGGGAUUUAGCUGAGCUCAUGUUCCCAGACUCUCCAUAUCAACCUAGGGCCUGGUUCUCCUUCAGCCGACCUGAUUACAAAUAUGCCAACAGUACUCGCUGCAAUAGGGCCACAGGGAAGGGCUUCUGGAAAAUCACAGGCAAGCCACGACAAGUCAAGUCUCGACAACUCCCCAAAUCGGUCACUUGCAAAAAGAGGACCUUGACCUUCCAUGAAGGUCGUGUGUCUAAGUCCAGGAACACCGGCUGGGUCAGGCAGGAGUAUUAUCUCACUCCAACUGACCCAGGUUCUAAUCCCAAUCAGCUGAGUGGCUUUGUUCUCUGCCGCAUGAAGAAUAAGUCAACUGACAAUGAGUCUGAUAAUAAGAAGCAGCAGGAUGUUUCAAUCUGUGUUGAAUCAGCUGAUCCUGGUAUUGCUGGCUGCAUGGCCUCUAAUUCUGAGCUUGAUCAAGCUGCUGGAAUUCAUCUGAUUCCGGAGGAACAUCUGACAUACAAAGAGCUAGAACAUGUUCUCCUUGGAAGUGGCAAUCAGAACGAUGGUGAACCUAAUGGCUUAGUUUCAUCUGAUUUUGAUGAUAUAAUUCAAGAGCUAUGUGCUAAGGGAGGAGAGUAUCUGGAUUCACCUUCUCCUCCUGAGCGGCCUCACCAACACCAGCUACCUCAGCUGGGAAAUGUUCCUGUUACUGGUGAUUACAUUGGCUCUAAUUCUAAUAACCAAGCUGCUGCUAUCAAUCAUAUGAUUCCACACCCAGAAGAUUUUCUGACCUACAAGGAGCUAGAACAUGUUCUUGGCAUUUGCAAUCCUGAUGCUGGUGAACCUGGUGGCUGUGUUUCAUCUAAUAUGCUUCAAAAGUUAUGCGCUCAGCUAGGAGAAGAGCUGGAUUCACCCAUUCCUCCUACUGAUGAAUGCAGUAGCUGGCCAUCUCCAAUUGGGGAUAAUGAUUCUUCUCUUCCAAACAAGAAUAGUAUUCCGACCAACUAUGACAGUAAACCAGUUAGCUAUGACAGUAAACCAGUUAGCAAUACCGCCUCUAAUUUCGAGAAUCAAACUAGGAUUUCAGAGGUUUAUUCUCAAGCAGAAGAAAAUCUGGAAUCGUUCUUUCGUCAAUUUGAGCUAGAGGGAGAUUUUCUGCAUGCCAAUAACUAUAUUGGAUGCAAUGAGUCGCAAUCUGCGACUCUUUUCCCACAAAGUUCUUGAAUAACAGAUACAUCAUAAACUCUUUUCAAUGACUACAAAAUACCAAAAUCAUUGGAAAGGGUUUAUGACGGGUGUGGGAGGGAUUUUCGUUCCCAAAGAACAAGGAGUAAAAGACCACACCCUGCAAAACAAUACGGAGUAAAAGACAAUACAAUAGUCAACAAUAGUCAACAAAUGGAUGGAGAUUAGACCAUUUGAUGCCGAAGUUAGGCCCAGAUAGUCAACAAUAGUCGAUAAAUGGAUGGAGACAGACCCUUCGAUGCCUAAGUUAGGCCGAGUGUUUGUAGUCAACAAUAGUCAACAAUAGUCGAUAAAUGGAUGGAGAUAGACCCUUCGAUGCCUAAGUUAGGCCGAGUGUUUGUAGAUAGUCAACAAUAGUCAACAAUUGUCGACAAAUGGAUGGAGAUUAGACCCUUCGAUGCCUAAGUUAGGCCGAGUGUUUGUAGUCAACAAUAGUCAACAAUAGUCGAUAAAUGGAUGGAGAUAGACCCUCGAUGCCUAAGUUAGGCCGAGUGUUUGUAGUCAACAAUAGUCAACAAUAGUCGAUAAAUGGAUGGAGAUAGACCCUUCGAUGCCUAAGUUAGGCCAAGUGUUUGUAGAUAGUCAACAAUAGUCGACAAAUGGAUGGAGAUUAGACCCUUCGAUGCCUAAGUUAGGCCGAGUGUUUGUAGGAAAACAAUAGUCAACAAAAGGAUGGAGAUUUCUUUACGGGAGUGUUGGCCAAAGACCCUUCAAUGCCUAAGUUAGGUAGUGUGUUUGUAGGAAAACAAUAGUCAACAAAAGGAUGGAGAUUUUUUUAGGGGGGUAUUGGCCAAAGACCCUUCGAUGCCUAAGUUAUCCCCGUAGAUAUUUUGCUUCCUCAAGUGGAGCCACAGUGACGCUGACACUGAAGUACUCCAUGGAAAGAUUUUCUGUAUUAGCUAUUGGAGAGAAACACAACAUUUUAUUUAUAGGAGAAUAUCAAAGGGGACUUAUAAACCACAAGAGUCCUUGGAAGAAUGUUUCUCCAACUCACGUUAUUGUAGACAGUGAUAUUCUCCUACAAAUAAUUCAACUGUGUUGAGUAAAACACUCACAGUUGUCUAGGCUUUGGAAACUUGUUCGUAGUUACUAGUCUGUCACAGACGGCAAGGGUUACGUCUCUUUGAUGUGUGUGUAACCCAGAAAAAGAAAGGAAAUGUGUUCCAGCAUCCCCAAAAUUAUAAAGAAAGACCAGCAAAUGAAAUUGGUUGAAAUGUUAUCAGAACUCUCUACCCUUCUCUGAAUGCAAUGAGUACAGACGAAGUAAAGAUGUCUUUUCUCAGAAGCAGUCUUUUGGAGAUGGUAGUACUUCCUCUAUCAAGACAAACUACAGAUAUUCCUCAGAUCAAUAGUCUUCUUCAACUAGGAUAUCUAUCCUACAACUAGCCUCCGCUCACGUCUUCACUGAACACAUGGGAGGUGCUCCGAGAAGAAUCCGAGUGCAGAGUAGUAUCACAAGACAAGGUGAGAAAGAAUCAAGCUGAGAACAGGAAAGAACCCUUUCUUUCUCAGAGCAGUUAAAUGAAAUAUGUCACAAUGUAGCUUUGACAUUGAGGAGGCAUGGAAUGGGCAGCUGGCACCAAAUGCAAGGGUUCUUUUACUUUCCUGAAAGCAUCUCCUUCAUGCCAUAAACCAAGUCCUCCCAUGGUUCUAUAACAGGCUUGGUUUUGUUCCACGGUUGCUAUCAUUAUAGAAGUGGCUCUAUACAGAAGCUUCUGCUACAUGGCUUCUGGAGUCUCAGUUUAAUAUGUUACUUGUCAUGGAUUUGUGAGUACUUCAAAGAAAUUCUUGACUUGUAUGCUCCUCUUUCCUUGGCUUUACCACACCAUGCAGAUUCAAAUGCCUUGGUCAUUGGGGAAGCAAUAAAUUUUGUCUUUGGGAAGUAA